AUGAUUUCAAGUACCAAAACAACAUGGAAAAUCCACAUAUUUUGGUAAUUCCAUACCCAGCACAAGGCCAUGUAAUUCCCCUAAUGGACCUUUCAUCAUGUUUACUCAAACAUGGCUUCAAAAUCACAUUUGUUACCCUGGAGUUUAAUCAUCAAAAUGCCAUGGAUAUAUUGGCAUUGAGAGGAGAAGAAAUGGGUAAUCGGGUUCAUCUCGUUUCGGUUCCAGACGGGCUCGGACCAUUGGAGGAAAGGAACCAACCAGGGAAGAUAUCUGAAGCAAUAUUGCAGACCAUGCCAAGGAAAGUAGAGGAGCUUGUUGAAGUGAUUAAUGGAUCAGAAAGGAAGAUAAACUGUGUGAUUGCAGAUCAAAGCUUAGGUUGGGCUUUGGAAAUUGCAAAGAAACAUGGAAUGAAACGAGCUGCUUUUUGUCCUGCAGCAGCUGCAUUGUUGGUGUUAGGAUUUAGUAUCCCAAAAUUGAUUGAUGAUGGAGUUAUUGAUCAAGAUGGAACUCCAUUAAAAAGAGAGAUGAUCAAGUUGUCACCAAAUAUGCCCCCAAUGAACACAAUGAACUUUGUUUGGGCCUGCAUUGGCAACAUCAAUGCACAAAAAAACAUCUUCAAACUCAUGGUUAGAAACAAUGAAUCCAUCAAAUUAACUGAUUGGUUGCUUUGCAACUCAGCCUAUGAACUUGAACCAGCAGCAUUCACAAUGGCUCCCAAUAUCAAACCUAUAGGUCCAUUGUUAGCACCAAAGUCAAAACCAACUGAUUCAAAUUGCCUCACCUGGCUGAACCAACAAGCACCACAAUCAGUCAUCUAUGUUGCAUUUGGCAGUUUCACAACCUUCAACACCACCCAAUUCCAAGAACUCGCACUUGGGCUCGAACUCACAGGCAGACCCUUUCUUUGGGUAGUUCGAUCUGAUAUACCAAAUGGAAGAAACAGUGCUUACCCAGAAGGGUUUCAAGAGAGAAUCGGUAGUAGAGGCCAAAUGGUGGAUUGGGUACAUCAGAAAAAGGUUCUUUCCCAUCCUUCCAUUGCAUGUUUUAUAAGCCAUUGUGGUUGGAAUUCAACAAUGGAAGGUUUAAGCAAUGGCGUCCCUUUCUUGUGUUGGCCUUAUUUUGCUGAUCAGUUCUUUAACCAAAGUUAUAUUUGUGAGUAUUGGGGUGUUGGGUUGGGGUUUGAAAGAGAUGGGAGAGGGACCAUUACAAGGAAUGAAAUCAGGAAUAAGGUCGAACAGUUGGUGGGCAAUGAAAAGUACAAAGCAAAAUCAAUGGCUUUGAAGGAAACACUCAUGAACAGCAUCGCAGAAACCGGUGGAUCUAACAAUAAUUUGAAGGAUUUUGUCAAAUGGUUAAAUGAAUAGGUAUAUUACAUAUGCACAGACUUUGGACAAGACGUCUGUUUGGGAGAGUUGUAUCUAUGUGUUAUUUAUUUUUAUAUUACGUUAGCAAAUAAUUUUAAAAUUAUAAUAAUUCAAAUUUUAAAAAAAAUUAUAAAAAGCUCUUAAAAAUAAAAAAAAUUAUAAUUUGGUCC